ACUACUAUAUCAUGGACAUAAUCUUGUUAAAUAUACUAAUCAUAACAUCAUCUGGCCAAAAACUCAGGGUUUAUGGUAAAAUUUGUAUAAGUUGGUAAUUUUGUUAAUUUUUCUUUGUAAUAUUUGUCGUAAAAAUGAGUGAAAAUCAUUUAAGACAACGUCAAAAUGGCACUCAAAACGACAAGAAAACGAAUGAAAGUAAAGUGAAAGAAAAGGACAAGAAAAAGAAUAAAUUUGCUGCUGCUCACGAGGAACUCCAGCAUGCUACAAGUUCUUUUACUCAUCGCCUAUGGACUCGUGCCGUAAUUGUUAUCUCCGUUAUGACCAUAGUAUACUUCUAUACCAGUAAUCAAACGCGUGAAACUAAAUUUGCCUUGGUACGUGAAACAUUACCAUUACGCAUGCAAAAAUUUAAAUGCUCCCCACAAUAUGAGGAGGAAAUGAAAAAGUUCCCCCAAUGUGUACCCAAAAAAUGUGGACGUUUUGUUGCGGAUAAGUUAGUGGAGCCGAAAGAGGUUGAAAUACUUUUAGAAAUGGCUCAAAAUAUCAUAGGCUUGGCGGGAUCAUCAGGAGGAGCCUCUAUACUGGACAUACAUACGGGAGCUUUGUCAUAUGGUGAAAAAUAUUUAAAUUUUUAUAAAAUGCCGGAAGCAAAGAAGUUAUUAAAACCGGAACAAUUGACAGUAUAUAAUCUAGUAAAGGGAAAAAUUAAAUUAGCUGUUGCUGAACAAUUUGGCAUAGAACCCACCAACUUGCAUUUAACUUCGCCGACAUUUUUCUCGCGUCUAACCAAUGUAACGGCCAAAAAUAUUCACGAUGAAUAUUGGCAUGAACAUGUUGAUAAGGAAACCUAUCCUUCAUUCCAUUAUACAUCUUUGUUAUACCUAACUACUUUCAAUAAGGAUUUCAAAGGUGGCCGUUUCAUUUUUGUGGAUGGCUUUGAUAAAAAUCGCACCACUUCCGCCAUAGAACCUAAAAGAGGUCGUGUAAGUGCAUUUACUUCAGGUUUUGAAAAUCGCCAUCAUGUGGAGAAAGUAACAGAGGGAACAAGAUUCGCCAUAACCAUAUCCUUUACUUGCGAUAAACAACAACGUAUAAACGAUCCCCAAAUGGCGUCAUUAGAGGAAUAAAUCUAGUUUUUAAACCCCUAGCAACACACGAUCAUUCCGUUAAAGUAUUAUUUAAAACAAAUAAAUCAUUAAUUUAUAAUUUA